GUUCAGACACUACUACACAAGGAGCUGGAAGUGUGCUCCGAAGCUUGGCAUUCGGCACCUCACCGUGCAUUUAUAGAGGAAGCCAUGACGGGCCCGACGGAGAUUCCGGUGAUCGACCUCGCCGGCCUCACCGCCGGCGGCGAGGAGAGGUCGCGGACCAUGGCGCAGCUCCACGAGGCCUGCAAGGACUGGGGCUUCUUCUGGGUGGAGAACCACGGCGUGGACGCGGCGCUCAUGGACGAGGUCAAGCGCUUCGUCUACGCCCACUACGAGGAGCACCUCGAGGCCAGGUUCCACGCCUCCGACCUCGCCAAGAACCUGCCGGCCGGCGGCGGCGACGAGGAGCCCUCGGACAAGGUGGACUGGGAGAGCACCUACUUCAUCCAGCACCGCCCCAGGAACAACGCCGCCGACUUCCCGGAGAUCACGCCGCCGACCAGAGAGACGCUGGACGCGUACAUCGCCCAGAUGGUGUCCCUCGCGGAGCGCCUGGGCGAGUGCAUGGGCCUGAAUCUGGGCCUCCCCGCCGGCCACGUCGCGACCACCUUCGCGCCGCCGUUCGUGGGCACCAAGUUCGCCAUGUACCCGCCCUGCCCGCGCCCGGGGCGCGUGUGGGGCCUGCGCGCGCACACCGACGCCGGCGGCAUCAUCCUGCUCCUCCAGGACGACGCCGUGGGCGGGCUCGAGUUCCUCCGGGGCGGCGCCGAGUGGGUCCCCGUGGGCCCCACCAGGUCCGGCCGCCUCUUCGUCAACAUCGGGGACCAGAUCGAGGUCAUCAGCGGCGGCGCGUACCGGAGCGUCGUGCACCGCGUCGCGGCCGGGAGCGAGGGGCGGCGGCUGUCCGUGGCCACGUUCUACAACCCCGGGCCCGACGCCGUGGUGGCGCCGGCGACGAGGGGGGACGCGGCCGCGCUGGCCUACCCCGGGCCGUACAGGUUCGGGGACUACCUUGAGUACUACCAGGGCACCAAGUUCGGCGACAAGGACGCCAGGUUCCAGGCCGUCAAGAGGCUACUCGGUUGAGCCACCACGCACCAGGCAGAGCUUCCGUUCAUGGAGAUCCCGCGUUUCGAUUCCCUGCUUUUGCUUGUUGAUGGUCCAUGGCCUGCAUUGGGGUUGCGUUGCGUGUUUACUUUAGCAAAAAAAUCUUUUACGUGAUGGUUAGUGAUUAUUAAUUGUGCGUACUCUGCGGUUGACUAAUGGUGCGGCUGAUGAACGCAUCCCGUCAAGAGCUAGUUUGCAAAA